UCUCAAAUUCGCCCCAAGGCCCUUCUCUCCUAGUUUCUCUCAAAAAGUGGUCCAGGCACCACGCCCCCUUUUCACGGAAUAGUGGCCCUGCCUUUUGUGGUCCUGGCUUGCCCUUUGGUGACCUUUGACCCUAGACCUGGUGGAGUUGGUCGCCACUUGCAUCUGUGACCUUUCACUCUUAGGCCUGAUUUGUUCUAACCAAAGCCCUUCCGGCUUCCCCACAAUAACCUCAGGGAAGAAGGAGUGUACUGUAUUGAAAAGAGGUGUGGCAAAAGUUUGGGUUCCAGAAAGGUGGGGUGGAAAAUCAGAUUGGAAAGGUAAAGUCAGAGAGUCUUAAGUGCUGAACCUGGAUUGAGGUUGUGGCCAAUGUUACCAGGAUCCUCUAAUUCAGCCCAGCAUCUUCCUGCUCCCAUCACCAGUGCAUCAAGGAUGCAGAGCAACCGCCAUGUUAUGUAUGUGCUCAAAGACACUUCAGCGCGACCAGCUGGAAAAGGAGCCAUUAUUGGCUUCCUGAAAGUUGGAUACAAGAAACUCUUUGUGCUGGAUGAUCGUGAGGCUCACAAUGAGGUAGAACCACUUUGCAUUCUGGACUUUUACAUCCAUGAGUCACUUCAACGCCAUGGCCAUGGACGAGAACUCUUCCACUAUAUGUUGCAGAAGGAGCGGGUUGAACCACACCAACUGGCCAUUGACCGACCAUCACAGAAGCUGCUUAAGUUCCUGAAUAAACAUUACAACCUGGAGACCACAGUCCCACAGGUCAACAACUUUGUGAUCUUCGAAGGCUUCUUUGCCCAUCAGCACCGGCCCCCUGCUCCCUCCCUGAGAGCAUCUCGACAUUCUCGUGCUGCUGUGGUUGAUCCUACACCUGCUGCUCCAGCAAGAAAGCUGCCACCCAAGAGAGCAGAGGGAGACAUUAAGCCAUAUUCCUCUAGUGACCGAGAAUUUCUGAAGGUAGCUGUGGAGCCUCCUUGGCCCCUAAACAGGGCCCCUCGCCGUGCUACACCUCCAGUUCACCCACCCCCCCGCUCCAGCAGCCUGGGAAACUCACCAGAACGGGGUCCCCUCCGCCCCUUUGUGCCAGAGCAGGAGCUGCUGCGUUCCCUGCGCCUCUGCCCUCCACACCCUACUGCCCGCCUUCUGCUUGCUACUGACCCUGGGGGCAGUCCAGCCCAGCGUCGCCGCACCAGGGGGGCUCCCCCAGGGCUGGUAGCCCAAAGCUGCUGCUACAGCCGCCAUGGGGGAUUGAGUUCCUCAUCCCCCAAUACAGGCAACCAAGAGUGGAAGCAGGGGGAACAGGAAACACAGAAUAGGUCUGCCAGCGAGGAGCAGGUCUUGUCACAGGAUGGGUCUGGGGAGGAACUCAUGCACACAGUUCCUCCACAGGCCCAGGCCCUACCAGCUCAGUCCUGGACAAUGGGUGGGGACAUGUUCAACGCCAGGUUCAUUCGAAACUUGCAGGACCGUCGCAGCACUAGGCCUUGGUGACGGAAACCCUUUCUCACACCUUCAAAGUCAGUAUAAUUUCUCACUACAGGAGGUAGCCAAACAAAGCCCGCCCUCAUAAUGGAAAUAUUUAUUCAUUAAUUCUUUCAUUUAUUCAACAGCGUUUCUUACCAGUGCCAAGUCAUUUGUAUUUUAUUUUUAACCAGAGCAAUAAAAGUUUAUUUUUAUCACGAGA